AUGCUGCAAACCUUUCUUCGUGCGAAUAGCUUCCCUGCGAGCUCCCGUUGCCUCGUCGAAAUGCUCUACUACUUCAUCUCUAACAACUGCAAGAUGGUGGAUGUCCCGCUGGCGGAUGGUGGGCCUGACGCGGUGGACGCGCUCGAUUCCCAACGAAUACUGGGGAACAGUAUCAUGUUCUGUUAUGGAUCGACCGACUGCAUCACUGGCGCGGCCCAGCCUAAGGCAGGUGCAGCCCGGGAACUACGAUAA